GGGACAUUAUGAAGCACUCUAGAAAUUGAAAGAAAUAGCACAAUCAUCAGUGACAGGUGCCCUAAGAAACUGUAGUAGCAGAGUGUGGAAUUCAAAGCAAGAGUCUUACCAGGCUGCUAAUGACAGUGGAGGAGCACAGAUACAUACCUGUAACUCAAGCUGAUCUGCUCAAAGAAAAAAAAGAAAAAGACAGGCAUGCCUGCUGCAGACAGAAGAGAUACCCAGGAGAAGGGAUUUCUGAACCACAUGGCCGACAAGGAGCACCCACCCCUGCUUGGGAGAAGCAGCCGUGCUGGAGAACUGCCUCAAGCUGAGAAGAAGCUGCAGGAGGCUGUGUGUGUGCUGCUGGUGGAGCUGUGCGAGCGCUUCACCUUCUUUGGCAUCGUGUGCAACAUGAUCCUCUUCUGCACGGCCAAGCUGGGCUACCGCAGCCACCAGGCUGCCAUGGUCAACAUGUGCUUCGUGGGCACCUCCACGCUGAGCCCGGUGCUGCUGGGCUGGCUGGCUGAGCACCUCGUGGGCAGGGUCAGGCUGGUGUGCAUCUGCAUGGUCCUGCACUUCCUAGGCACAGCACUGUUACCUGUGGUGUCAUUCCCCUUUGAAGAUGUUUACAUCGACAGACGACACAUCCUUCUCACCCUGCCCAAAAGGGAGCAGAAAAUCGUGUUCUACUUUGCCCUGCUCACAGCCAGCCUGGGAAUAGGAGGCAUAAGAGCUAUUGUGUGUCCACUGAGUGCCUACAGCCUCGAGGACUGUGCACCAAAGGAGCUGCUUUCAUUUUUCAACUGGUUUCACUGGCUGGUUAACUUGAAUUCAGCAGUGGUCUUUGUCAGCAUUUCUUACAUCCAGCAGUCCGUGGCCAGGAACCUUGGCUUUCUUAUCCCAUUUGUGUCUGGGCUUAUGGCUAUGAUCACAAUUCACAUGGUUCGGGGUGACAUGAUUUACAGACCCAAAACAGACAGCUCCCUGCUGACGGCUUUGGGGGUGAUUUGCAGCGCCCUGCGGACGUGCUGUGUGCGCUAUCGCUAUUUCGGCACGGCCACGCCCAGCUGGCUGGACCUGGCCAAGGAGAACCACGGGGGCCGCUACAGUGAGAGCCAGGUGGAAGGCACAAAGUCACUCGCCAGGCUCUUCCCCUUGUUCACUUUCCAGAUCCUGUACAGGACGUGCGUUAUGCAGAUUCCUUCAGGAUAUUAUCUCCAAACCAUGAAUUCCAACUUGCACUUCGGUGGAUUUUUCUUGCCAGUUGCAGCAAUGAAUGUGAUAAGCAUUGUGCCACUACUGAUUCUUGUUCCUAUUUUGGAGUGCAUUAACUCAUGGCUCUUUAGCUCCAAGGACACUGGACACUCUCCAGCAAUUUACAUUGUUGUAGGUCACUUCUGUGCUGCACUUUCUGUGAUGGUUGCUGGCUUCUCUGAAAUCCACCGAAAGCACUUCCCCCAGGUGGAGCAGACCCUCUCCAAGGAGGUUCUCCUGGUCUCCUCCAUGCCCUGCUUCCACCUGGCUCCUCAGUACAUCCUGCUUGGAGUGGCUGAAGCCCUGGUAACUCCCUCCUGUUCCUUACUUGCCUUCUGGCUUGUGCCUGAAAGAAUGAGAGGGAUUUCCAUGCAUUUUUUAGCCCUCUUUAAUGGAGCUGGCUGCUUUAUGGGAGCUCUCUUUGUUCAGACAGCCCACGCAGGCACUCAAGGUAACUGGUUCCCACACUUGCUGCAUGAAGGUAAAUUGGAGAGAUUCUUCUUCUUCUUGGCUUCCUUAAUGAUGGUGAACACCCUGGGGUUCUGGAGCAUUGCACACAGAUACAACAAUCUGCAUGAGGAUGGCACCAAUGAGUUCAGAGGAAAUCUUCCUGGGGAAAAACUUUUGAAGCAUGAAAAAGCCAUCAAGCAUUAUAAUGCUGUCCUGGAAACUUCUCCCAUUUUGUCUCCUGUGGAGAAAACCUGAUAAAAUUUCGCCCUCAUUUGACUAAAUUUUGAUUUUGUUAUCCACCAGCUCUCUAAUGAUAAAUUACCUGCACACUUAAGUGGAACUAUGUCCUGGUAUUUAUGAAUUAUCUGAUGAAUAAUAAUGUUGUUUAUAAGUUAACAAAACAGCAUUCUUCAUAGGAUUUGGCCUUGAAGGAGGCUGCACUGUCAUAACUCACACUGAGGCCAAGGAGAGCUCACUGCUUGCCACAGUAGGAGGGAGGCUUUUAAUCUUUAUAUGAAAAUAGGUAUUCACAUAUAUUUGUAUUUAGGAGUGGUCAAAAAUUAAUAAACAUGCAGGCAUUUGUUUAGCUAAUUACUUUGUGCCAGUAUAAUUUGCAAGAGAUUUUGAAAUCUGGUAUUGGCUGGUUGAUAUUUGCAAUGGAUUCUUGUGCACUGUUCUUGGCUCUCGCUGAUCUCCUCCCCAGCCUAGAGCAAGCUGCUGCUUUAUUUCUCUGUCAGUGAAGUGGACACAAGCACGUCAGCCUUCUUUGCAAAUUACUUUGACAUCUACCAAAAAUGCACUAGAAACAAGGUACCAGUCCUCAGUUCCUAAGGUGUGCCAUGAAACAUUGGUGCUUGAGGCAUUCAGUCUCACUUGGCAGCAGCACCGUGAGAUUUGCCAUUCCUAGAGGAUGAUAUAAAGAAAAUUGCUAGUAGGAGAAUGAGAGACUGGAAUUUAUUAACAUCCAAGUUACUAAUUGCAGCCCAUCUGAAUGGGGGGAAGGGAAUUAGGAAAAGAAGAUUGGGAGAGGGUAGAUGCAGCUUGGAGAUGAGGGAAAAUAAUUAUUAGUAAAAUGCUUUCCAAUUUGAACAUCUCACAGUGUUAAACUCUCCCAAAACUGGCUGAUUUUGUUAUUGUGAGAGAUGAUAUUCUGACCCUUAACAUUUCUUUUUAAAAGUCAUAUAACUAAAAAGAGCAAUGAGAGAAGUGGGGUCUGCAUGGGAUAUGUAAGGAAAUGUAUUGAACCCAAAAAAAUGAAAGGAGCACUUUGAUAUCAAGAUGUUCCUGAAGGAAGGGACAGUCAAGGCAGAAUGCUUGCUAGAUAUGAGGAAUGCUCUACCACAAGACAAGCUACACUAAAAGGAUGUAAUUCACUCAAGUGGCACAGUUUGUCAGCUGGAACUGUGGAAGAGCUGCUAAAGGAAAUCUCUUCUGCACCAUUAACCACAUUUAAUGCUGGAACUUUAGGCUGGGUGUUGUGGGAGUGGGAGCAAAAUGUGGUGAAUACACCCAUGCCCAGCCUGGGACUGACCAUUUCUCCAAAAGUGGCUGCCAAAGCUGGGCUGGAGCUGGGGCUGUGAGACACAAGACAGCAAAAGGCUGGAGGAUCUGUUCUCCGAGGGCGCUGGGAAGUGUGAGACAGGCUAAUUUCCACAUAUUUGGGUAAAUUUAUCCAGGAGACCUGACAGUUAUUUGCUUGAGAGGUAUUAUUUUCUAAAUCAUCUUUGUACUGCAAUAGACCCUGGUUUAAGCCAUGAAAAACACUAGUUUCUUUUCUGAGAUAUUCUUGAACACUUGACCUUUGUCCUUGCACAGAAAAGCUAAAAAAAAAAGCUGUUUGUAGUCUGCUGACAGGAGGGAUGUGAUUGCUCUCAAAGCAAGAGUUAUACACAAAAGAACAACUAUGUAAUAGAAGGGUAAAAUUUAAAUUUUGGGCAGAUUAAUAUGAUUGGGCUGUAGAUGUUUUUAUUAACGAAUGAUUUUUUUUUUUUUUUUAACUGCAA